CAACCACAUUUCCAUCGCUAUUUUCAUCUCAAUAACGCACAUUCUUGGCCAGAGGCCCUAACACACACUCAUGGUGUUCGCUUCCCGUUUUCUCCGCAUUCCGCGGCCAGAGUCCUUUCUCUAUGUGAUGAGCUUAGAGACUGGUGCUUCAUUGAUCACCCUUUCACUCCUCUUGAAUAAAAUCAGUGGCCUCUAUGGCCUACUGGCCCUUUUGACCGGCUACCACCUGUCCCCCGUACAACUGUCAAUGUACCUUUGGUCCCUCGUUGCCCUUGGACUCGCCACACUCCUGUUCCCACACAUUCGCAAACAGUCACCUCUACAAUGUCUCGCCCUCGCCUACCUCUAUGUAUUCGACAGCCUGAUUAACGCCGCCUACACUGCCGCUUUCGGUGUGACUUGGUUCUUAGUGGUAUCGCAACAUUACGACAGUGGCAAAGCCGCAGGUCCAGGGGGCGACACGAUCGCCCAAACCGCUGGCUUCACCAGCCCCAAGUACGAUGCGGCCUACGUCGAAAUCCAGAACACAAAAGACGGAAACAACUUCAUCGCUCAUCCCCCGCGUGCCGCCGAAGAUCUCAGCAAUGUCGUCCUGCAGCCCGAGAGUCUCCCGAGCAUCAUCUUCAUCUGCCUUCUGUGGGUAAUCCGCGUCUACUUUGUUCUUGUGAUGCUCGCUUUCGCACGCCAGGCCCUCCGUCUCUGGGUUGCGAUUCCCCGGCACACCCAACUCCCGACCCACAGCCGCAACGUUUCAGUCGCCAGCGUUGCCGAUAUCGAUCGGGAGCCUUUCUCCCCCUAUAGCCCCGACGGCCAGGGCUGGAAAGGCAAGCUGGGUCGCGUGAUGAUCAGCAUCGGCCACAGCUAUUGGUUGGGCGAAGAGGAGGACGGUAACUGGCUCAGCGGCAUCAACCACAAGUUCCGCAACCGUUCGAACAAUACGGAGCUGCCUGGUGCACUGGAAAGAGAGAGGAGACGACGUUCUGGAACGGGCCCCCAGCACCGUCGCCAUCUAUUGUUCGAUCUACUGUCCUUCAGCAGCCAAUUCCUGAGCAUGCACCUGGUGGCAUGAAUGUGAAGAUGCAAGAUUGGAACGCACCUCGAUAAAUGAUCUCUUGGCGGCUAUUGAACAAUAUUAGUCGCAAUUAAUGUACAGCCCUCGCUUCGACUCGGCUCAAUGUCUUCAACCCCCUAUCUUCCUCCUGGCUGUGUGCACCGGAUGCAACAAAUUCGACUGUGCCCAUCCAGGGGACACAAUCCAUCUUGGCUCUUGUGUCUGUCCCGUCGUUUUAUGAGGUCACUGAAUCGGAUAACCGAUCAUUUGGCUUCAUUUGAUACUCCACCAUCACGAAGCCCGAGCCCCUUUUGCUCGAUACUUACGACAAACUGCAUAUAUGAAUUGGGAACGGGUCCAGGUAUAUGGCGAAUGAUUAAAUCACUCUGUGUCAUUGAUCGAUAUCUGGGUCCCCCCGUCUUGGUCUGGAAGGUGUUUUAAAUCCCAUGGGGAUUGGGGCGCUUUAACUCAAAAUGAGUCUUGGUUGAUGGCCACGCUCAUGGUCGGUCCAUCUAACAUCCACGAUUUUGGCGUCGGGACAUGGAUAUGUAUAUUGCUUAUCUGAAAUGGGGGUUCUGCAUAUUUCCCCGCGAGGGUUUCAUGUCUUGUUUUGUACACAAUUGCUUUUGGACACACCUCACAUAUAAUAUCAGUAUAAUUUCUUCUUGGUGACGAUUUAACA